UGGCAUUUCCUGCCAGUGUCUAGUAUUUUACGGGGUAGAGUGGCAGCCGGCACGUGCGAUACAUGGAUUGGUUGUUGUGGAUGGAUUACCUCGUAGAUUGUGCAUUUAGUGAUUUACAAUUUUGAUAUUGAAACAUUUAGGAUAUAAGAGACUCCAAGAUGUGGCGCAUUGCUAUCGUCUGUUUACUGUUGGUAUCCUCAAACACAGCCAGUCUUGACAAAAAACGCAGCAAAUAUGUAACAACUCUGAUCAAUGCUAAUUGGAGGGACACUCCAAUUAUUUUAGAAGCAGCUGAGUAUUUAAACGAUAAGAAUCCCAAUUAUUUUUGGAAAUUCAUAGAUACGGUAUCACGUCCUAAUGAUGCUAAUGCUCUUGAAGCUCACGAAGCAACAGAUAAAGAGAGAUACGAUAGAUUAAUUAAUCAUACGAGUCAUUUUCUCACACCAACAGAAAAUGCUCUCCUCAAAUUAUCGUUAUCCCUCAGGACUUACUCCGCUCGCAUUGAGAUGUUCUCUCAAAUGGCAGAGAAUCGAAGAACUGACAAAGUGGAAACUUGCAAUAAUUUUGUUGACGUUCAUGGACAGUUGACUUGUAAUUCCGAUGAUGUGGAGAAUUUGUUAGAAUCCGUGGAAAAUAGAAUUGAUAGUGAGGACGAGAAUAGCAUUGUGUAUUCCCUGGAUCAUAAGUAUCCAGUACCACUGUCAGGUCACUCAGAAUUAGGGGGAAAGUCUAAAGUGACUGGCAAAUAUGUGAUUCUUUACGGGCAAAUUGGGUCCGUUGGCUUCAGCAGUCUUCACACCAAAUUAAAGAGUUUAGCUGAUGCCAAAAAAAUAACCUACGUUCUUCGACAUUAUGUAAAAGAUCGUGCAGAGCAUCGUCUGAGGUUGGCAGGAUAUGGAGUCGAACUGCACAUGAAAUCAACAGAGUACAAAGCAACUGAUGACUCGGAUAUCAACGAUAAUUCGGGAAAAGAGGAGUAUGAGAAUGAAGGAGUGGAAGAAAUUAAUGGAAUUAAUUUUGGUGUACUGAAAAAUCUUUAUCCAGAUAAACAAGCAGAACUUGAUAGCUUUGAGAAACAUCUUCUUGAGACGAGUGAUGAAAUUGGGGCUUUGAAAGUCUGGCAGUUCCAGGAACUCAGUCAUCAGGCAGCUGAAAGGAUCAUGAAGUCACCAUCGCAGGAAGCGAUCAAAGUUCUCACAGAUAUUGCUCAAAACUUUCCAAUGCAGGCGAAAUCAUUGAUUCGUACGAAAGUCAGUACCGAGUUGAAGAGAGAAAUAAAGGGAAAUCAAGAGUUGUUCUUUGCAAAUUUGCAUAUCCAACCAACUGAUACAGUGCUAUUCAUCAAUGGUCUCUUCUUCGAUUUAGAUACCAUUGAUAUUCUAGGAUUACUGGAGACCCUUCGAGCUGAACUUACAGUGAUGGAGACACUCCACAAAAUUGGAGUGACCAGCAGUAAAAUGGAGAAACUGUUGGCCCUAGACCUAUCUGGCUCUCAAUCAUCCGAUAAUAAUCAAGACUUUGCCAUUGACAUUAGAGACUCGGCGAUCAUUUGGGUGAACGAUCUGGAGAAUGAUUCACGAUACAAUCGAUGGUCUCCAAGCUUAACAUCACUCCUGCGUCCAACAUUUCCGGGAAUGCUGAGAAAUAUUCGCAGAAAUCUGUACAAUUUGGUUCUUGUCAUAGAUCCCCUGAGUUCCCUUUCGAAACCCCUGAUAACGACAGCAGAAACACUUUAUGCACAUUCGGCACCGAUCAGAGUUGGAUUAGUCUUGAAGACAAAUUGCGAUUCAUCGUUGACUGGACAAACUGAUGCCAGUGUUGCUGUCAACAACAUCUUUCACUAUUUACUUGAGAAUAAAAGUCCCAAGGAGGCUGUUUAUUUCCUCUCAGUUUUACUAAACGACAUUGAGAAGAAGAGAUCUGGCAAUGCUGAUAACGAUGUCCUUGAUAAUGAGGUGCAAGUAUCAGACGUCAUAAAAGCACUGCGAUCGAGAGAUCCAUCAGCAGACGUCAAUGCUAUAUUGGAUGAAGAUUCAGAAUACGAUGCAGGAAGGAUGUGGACUGAUGAUUUCAUCAAGAGGACGGGUUUCAAGGUUUUCCCCCAGGCAUUAUUAAAUGGUGUACCACUUGAGGGUAUCUCCAGUAUUAUGGACGGUGAGUCCCUUGAGGACAUCACCUUAAAAAUGAUUUUUUCCCAGACACCGAUGCUGCAGAAGGCAGUUUAUAAGGGCGAAGUUACUGAGGGAGAUGAUAUCGUUGAUUUCAUGAUGAAUCAGCCCAAUGUUAUGCCAAGAUUGAACGAGAGAGUUCUCAAGAAUGAUAAAUCACAGUGGCUAAACCUGGUUGGGGAAGCACCCACAACACAGGACGUAUACUCGUGGAGUCCUGAAGAUACGUCAGCCUGGCUUAUCCAAAAUUCCAACUACUUGUACAUACCAAGGAGAAAAAAAACCCAGCAUCUUUACACAUAUUGGAUUAUAACGAAUUUAGAACGUCCAGAUGGUAGGCUGUUACUUCGCGAAGCUUUGGAGUAUCUUAAAUCCAAUGGCGAUGUGAGACUCGCAGUAAUUUUCAACAGCAAUGCUGAUCAAGAUAAGACUCAUAUCGGUAUAAAUAAAAUAGUCCAGUCGGCAUUAAGCACUAAUUAUCCAGUGGAAAAUCACAGUAAAAUUAUUGAGUACAUUCGAGACUUGAUAGCUGAGAAAAAUGUUGGACUCAUUGAAAAUGGCGAGUUUGAUCGUGAAAAAUACCGUGAACACGUCGGUGUUGACUUCGACGAGAACAUAAUCGAUAAUGAGUUUAGGCUCAAGGUUCAUAGGCAUUUUGCUCACGUUGCGCUGAGAAUGGACGAAUCCUCGACGACUCAGCGAGCUGUGAUAUGCAAUGGAAGGAUCAUUGGACCCUUCGACGAAGGGGAAAUAUUUGCCAACCAGGAUUUCGCACUGCUGGAGCGUUUCAGUCACAGCACUUAUGGGGAAAAACUGAUGACCAAUUUGGAGAAAAUUCAUGCCAGUGAUGAUGAGGAGGAUCAAGCUAUUUCGGAUGAUGUUAUAAUGGAGAUAGCGUCCUUACUUGUACCAAGACUCCAGACACGCAGCCGAUACAAUGUUCCUGCUGGUGGAGAGAAGCACAGUGUUGUCAAAAUAUCUGCUGGUAAUCCUGAUGAAGUUGCUUUCAACAUCAUUGCUAUUGUUGAUCCAGUGUCUCGUGGUGCUCAGAAACUUGGGACUAUAUUGAAUACAUUGCAACAGGCGCUCAAUUGUAACAUCAAAAUAUACUUGAACUGUGUCGAUAAGAACAGCGAUAUGCCAUUGAAAAAUUUCUAUCGAUUUGUCUUCGAGCCUGAACUUCAAUUCAAUUCUGAUGGACAACUAGUUGGAGCCAGUGCUAAAUUUACCAAAUUACCGACGUCAUCACUUCUCACACAGAAUAUUCAUGCUCCUGACAACUGGAUGGUUCAGGUUGUUAAGAGUGUUUAUGAUUUGGAUAAUAUCAAACUGGAUAAUGUUGCUAUUGGGGUUCACAGUGAAUUCGAACUUGAAUAUCUUCUGCUCGAAGGCCACUGCUUUGAAGCCACCAUGGGAAAUCCUCCUCGAGGUCUUCAAAUAACCCUCGGCACUGAAACACAACCAAUGGUUGAUACCAUUGUGAUGGCAAAUCUUGGAUAUUUCCAGCUGAAAGCAAAUCCUGGUGAGUGGAUUCUCCGCCUUCGACACGGUAGAUCAGCAGAAAUUUACAACAUAACUUCGGUGGAUGGCCAUGACGUUAUUCAGAAUGGUAACGGUGUCAGCGUGCUCAUUAGUUCAUUGAAGAGUCACGUUCUCAAAUUGAAAGUAACGAAGAAAUUGGACAAACUUGACAUGGAUCUCCUGGCGGAAGAUGAUGAGAAAAAAUCGGGCAUUUGGAAUUCAAUUUCGAGCUUUUCCGACUAUUGGACAUUGGGGGCUGACGAUGGAGAGGAACAGGAAGAAAAGAUCAACAUAUUUUCCCUGGCGUCAGGUCAUCUGUACGAGAGAUUCUUGAAAAUCAUGAUGCUCAGUGUAUUGAAGCAUACCAAGAGUCCAGUGAAGUUUUGGUUCUUGAAGAAUUAUCUCUCUCCAACCCUGAAGGACUUCUUGCCUCACAUGGCAAAGGAAUAUGGCUUCGAGUAUGAAUUGAUUCAGUACAAAUGGCCGAGGUGGCUUCAUCAGCAAACGGAAAAACAGAGGACCAUCUGGGGAUACAAAAUUCUUUUCCUGGACGUGCUGUUCCCCUUGGAUGUUAAAAAAAUCAUCUUCGUGGAUGCUGAUCAAGUAGUGCGGGCAGAUCUGAAGGAGCUCGUCAAUUUGGAUCUCGAAGGGGCCCCCUACGCAUACACACCUUUCUGUGAUAGUAGAAAAGAGAUGGAUGGCUUUAGAUUUUGGAAACAGGGGUAUUGGAAAACCCACUUACAGGGUAGAGCUUAUCACAUCAGUGCACUUUAUGUUGUUGAUCUCAAACGAUUUCGUCGUAUUGCCGCUGGUGAUAGAUUAAGAGGGCAGUAUCAAGCUCUCAGUCCAGAUCCAAAUAGUUUAUCAAAUUUAGAUCAAGACUUGCCAAAUAAUAUGAUUCACCAGGUGGCUGUCAAGACCUUGCCUCAGGAAUGGCUUUGGUGUGAGACUUGGUGCAAUGAUGCAUCAAAAAAAUACGCAAAAACCAUCGAUUUGUGUAAUAAUCCAAUGACUAAAGAAGCCAAGCUUCAAGCAGCAAUGCGAAUUCUCCCAGAAUGGACGGGCUAUGAUGAGGAGAUCAAGGCGUUACAACAUGCCAUUGAACAUGAACAUAAACAUGCUGAUAAGGAAGAGAAAGUCGAGUCAGACGAUGAGAAGAAGCAUGAAGAAUUGUAAAUCUGCGAAGAUUGUAAUGUUUCAAAGAUUGAGAAGUCAGGAAAGAAUCUACGACGCACCAGGUAUGACGGUGCAUAGUAUUCUCAUACUGAAGUCACGAAUGCUGCCAUCAGUUAUUUCUGUUAAGUCACACCAACAGGAACAUCUUAAUGUAUAGGAAAAUAUAGGAAAAAAUCCAACAUUUUUCAUGUUUCUCAAUUAAUCGUAAGUUUUGUUAUCAAUUUUUUUUGGACUCUCGGAGUUGCUGCUCGAUCUAUUUAACAGUUGUAAGAACCUCUCGCUUUGUAUGAUAAUUGCAAUAUUAUCCUUUUCAACAGGUCAAUCAAUUUUGUGAUGUACAUCAAUUAAAUCCAAUUGUAUUUGCAGUCGAGAAUUUAAUUAAAGUGAUAAUUUGGA